UUGCUGUCAUGUGAGAAUAACAAAUAGAACAAUAAGCAUAAUAAAAGACAACACUAAAAUAGUAGGUAAUGAACGAAGGACGUGCAUCCAUCGUGGGGGCACGUACAUAGCAACACAACCCUCGCAACGUUGGCGCACUCGUUCGAUCGGUUACCUUCUCCUUCUUCAUCUCCCAACCGAUAUUCCCGGCAAACACAAUAACAUUUCCCAUUCUUCCAAAACCAAGUUUCAUUGCACCAAACUUACAAACUAAAAACACACCCAAAUUUCCCUCCUUCUGCAUUUCCUCUCUGUUUUUUUUAUUUAUUUUCUCUUCCCAAUGUCCUUCUUUCUCGUCCACUCAUCCUCUCUGCCAACGUAAUUCAUCGCAUAUUGACUCCCCCAGGUGAUUCAUUGCGAUAUCGUUUAUUGUGAAUGGAUUAUUGAGAGUGCAGUUAGGACUACUUGAAGUAUGUUGUGCUGCGGAGGUGCAGAGGAGGAGAGUAGCGGUCCCCCUGCAAACCAAUACCCCUCUGUACCACCUAGAGGGGGUAGCACAUAUGGUGGAGGAGGCAAUGAUAGAGGAGAGCCUAGGGGCAAUAUGGCAAAGAGUGGUGCUCCGCAGAAAGCAUUGCCAAUUGAGAUACCCUCUAUGCCAUUGGAUGAGUUAAAUAGGUUAACAGGAAACUUUGGUACAAAGGCUUUUAUUGGUGAAGGUUCCUAUGGACGAGUUUACUACGCAAAACUGAGUGAUGGUACUGAUGCUGCAAUUAAGAAGCUGGAUACAAGUUCUUCCCCAGAACCUGACAACAGCGAUUUCGCAGCUCAGUUAUCAGUUGUUUCAAGAUUGAAGCACGACAAUUUUGUGGAGUUGAUUGGAUAUUGUCUAGAGGCAGAAAACAGAAUUUUGGUUUAUCAACAUGCAAGUCUUGGUUCUUUGCACGACGUGUUACACGGAAGGAAGGGUGUGCAAGGGGCUGAACCUGGUCCUGUUUUAAGCUGGAGCCAGAGAGCAAAAAUUGCAUUUGGUGCAGCAAAAGGACUCGAGUUUCUUCACGAAAAGGUUCAGCCUUCUAUUGUUCAUCGCGAUGUUAGAUCCAGUAAUGUCUUACUGUUCAAUGACUAUGAGGCCAAGAUAGCUGAUUUCAGCUUGACAAACCAGUCUUCUGACACAGCUGCUCGGCUACAUUCAACAAGAGUCUUGGGAACAUUUGGCUAUCAUGCUCCAGAGUAUGCCAUGACUGGGCAGAUAACACAGAAAAGUGAUGUUUACAGUUUUGGGGUUGUGCUUUUAGAACUCUUGACAGGAAGAAAGCCUGUAGAUCACACAAUGCCCAAAGGGCAACAAAGUCUUGUGACUUGGGCAACUCCAAGGCUGAGUGAGGACAAAGUGAAACAGUGUGUGGAUCCUAAGCUAAACAAUGAUUAUCCACCAAAGGCUAUUGCUAAGUUGGCUGCUGUGGCAGCACUUUGUGUUCAGUAUGAAGCUGACUUCAGACCAAACAUGACAAUUGUUGUCAAAGCCCUCCAGCCACUUCUCAAUGCAAAACCGGCUGGUCCUGAGCCUCCUCCUGCUUGAUAUUGAGAUCUCAUUUCAUUACGAGGACUAAUAGAUUUUUGUGCAAUUUGUAACACAAUGACGAAGUUGAUUUGGUUUCACUGUUGUAGAUAUUGUAUUAUGCUAAGCCAAAGUUGAUUUUCUUUGCCUGUUCUCCUAUUUAGUUGGAAACAUGUAUUUGUACGCAUAAUGAAUGAUGGAGACCAAAAUUUGGCCUAUGAGAAUCGAAGUUGAGAAAAAGGAAAUUCAAAAA